ACCUAUACUCUCGCUUCUUCCAACAGUUGAAGAAGACAAGAACCUCUUCUACUUCUAUUUAAAUAUCUCCGUUCAUAUUUAAGAGAGAAAAAAUCUUCACUACUGUGCAGCUAUCAGCUAGCUAGCUUCCUUUCACAACGAGAUGCCGUCGUCGGACUCCGGCGAAAACCGUCGACCAAGCAAGACCCAAAACCCUGGAGCUCCGCCACCAGAACAAGAGCACCUCCCAUGCCCUCGAUGCGAUUCGACAAACACCAAGUUCUGCUACUAUAACAACUACAAUUUCUCCCAGCCACGUCACUUCUGCAAGUCUUGCCGCCGUUACUGGACUCAUGGGGGCACCCUUCGCGACAUUCCCGUCGGUGGUGGCAGUCGCAAAAACGCCAAACGCUCUCGUACUGUUUCUGCAAUCUCCUCCUCCUCCGCCGUGACUUCGGCGGCUGCUCAUCAGGAUCACCCCUUGUCUGCAACCCCAGUAUUAGUGCCCAUUCAAGGAGGGUCUAUGCAGUUCGCCGGUACUGGCAGUGUUGAUGGUGUUGGUGAAAUGAAGCCAAAUAUGAACAUGUGUGGGAGCUUCACUUCCUUGCUCAACAACCCCCAAGGACCUGGCUUUCUUGCUCUUGGUGGGUUUGGGCUUGGACUCGGGCACGGACACGGGCUUGGGUUUGAAGAUGUGGGGUUUGGAAUGGGGAGACCAGGCUGGAAUUUCCCCGGAAUUCCAGAUGGCAGUAACAUUGGCGGUGGUGUUGCUGCUCCCGGUGCCGGAAAUUCAUGGCAGUUUGAAAACGGCGAAGGUGGGUUUGUAGGUGGAGACUGCUUCUCAUGGCCUGGACUAGCGAUUUCAACACCUGGAAAUGGUCUCAAAUGAACCCACCCUUUUUUUCCCCCUCUUUUGUUUUGGUUCUCUUCUUGAAGGGAGGUUGCUCUCACUGAUGGU